AUGUGUGUGAGUCCCUCUCUCUCUCUCUCUCUCUCUCUCUCUCUCUCUCUCUCUCUCUCUCUCUCUCUCUCUCUCUCUCAUUCUCUCUCUGUUUCUCUCUCACUCUCUCUCUUUUUCUCUCUCUCAUUGUCUUUCUCUUUCUCUCUCAUUCUCUCUCGUAUUCUCUCUCCCUCAUUCUCUCUCUGUGUUUCUCUCUGUUUCUCUCUCUCUGUUUCUCUCUCCAAAACGAUAAUUCCCGAGAAAUGCAUUGACAACGAUAUUGAAGCUAGAACGAUAAUUCCCGAGAAAUGCAUUGACGACGAUAUUGAAGCCAAAACGAUAAUUCCCGAGAAAUGCAUUGACGACGAUAUUGAAGCCAAAACGAUAAUUCCCGAGAAAUGCAUUGACGACGAUAUUAAAGCCAAAACGAUAAUUCCCGAGAAAUGCAUUGACGACGAUAUUAAAGCCAAAACGAUAAUUCCCGAGAAAUGCAUUGACAACGAUAUUGAAGCUAGAACGAUAAUUCCCGAGAAAUGCAUUGACGACGAUAUUAAAGCCAAAACGAUAAUUCCCGAGAAAUGCAUUGACGACGAUAUUGAAGCCAAAACGAUAAUUCCCGAGAAAUGCAUUGACAACGAUAUUGAAGCCAAAACGAUAAUUCCCGGGAAAUGCAUUGACAACGAUAUUGAAGCCAAAACGAUAAUUCCCGAGAAAUGCAUUGACAACGAUAUUGAAGCCAAAACGAUAAUUCCCGAGAAAUGCAUUGACGACGAUAUUGAAGCCAAAACGAUAAUUCCCGAGAAAUGCAUUGACGACGAUAUUGAAGCCAAAACGAUAAUUCCCGAGAAAUGCAUUGACAACGAUAUUGAAGCCAAAACGAUAAUUCCCGAGAAAUGCAUUGACGACGAUAUUAAAGCCAAAACGAUAAUUCCCGAGAAAUGCAUUGACAACGAUAUUGAAGCUAGAACGAUAAUUCCCGAGAAAUGCAUUGACGACGAUAUUGAAGCCAAAACGAUAAUUCCCGAGAAAUGCAUUGACGACGAUAUUGAAGCCAAAACGAUAAUUCCCGAGAAAUGCAUUGACGACGAUAUUAAAGCCAAAACGAUAAUUCCCGAGAAAUGCAUUGACGACGAUAUUGAAGCCAAAACGAUAAUUCCCGAGAAAUGCAUUGACGACGAUAUUGAAACCAGAAUGAGACUUCAGGAGAAAUGCAUUGACGAUAAUAUAGAAGCUAGAACGAUAAUUCCCGAAAAAUGCAUUGACAGCGAUAUUGCAGCCAAAACGAUAAUUCCCGAAAAAUGCAUUGACAACGAUAUUAAAGCCAAAACGAUAAUUCCCGAGAAAUGCAUUGACGACGAUAUUAAAGCCAAAACGAUAAUUCCCGAGAAAUGCAUUGACGACGAUAUUAAAGCCAAAACGAUAAUUCCCGAGAAAUGCAUUGACAACGAUAUUGAAGCUAGAACGAUAAUUCCCGAGAAAUGCAUUGACGGUGAUAUUGAAGCUAGAACGAUAAUUCCCUAG